GCCCCAAGUCCCAACAGACUCAACCACUAACCAUAGUUAACUCACUUCUUAACUCUAGUUAACUUUCUAUUCCCUUUCCCUUAUUAACACGCCCCUAACACAUCUUCUUACUCUGUACUAACUAAUCAGUGUCUCAAACAUCUCCGCCGUUUGAUAACAUCCACGAUGAGCUCUACACGAAAUCUCUUCCUCGUUCUUAUUUUCUCUGCAAUAGCCACUACCAUAUCAGCCCACAACAUCACCGACAUUCUUAAGGACCACCCAGAAUACUCACAGUUCAACAGCUAUCUCACCCAAACAAAACUCGCCGAUGAAAUCAACAGCCGUACAACAAUCACCGUUCUUGCCCUCAAUAAUGGCGCUAUGUCAGCUCUUGUAGGGAAAAACCCUCUCUCUGUCAUCAAGAAUGAGCUGAGACUCCACGUUUUACUCGACUACUACGAUGGCCAAAAGCUACACCAAAUCUCUAAAGGAACCACCCUCACUACCACACUCUAUCAGACUACCGGAAAUGCCCCUGGCAAUUCUGGUUUUGUCAACAUUACUGAUCUCCAAGGUGGCAAAGUCGGUUUCGGUGCGGCUGCUGCAGGUUCAAAACUCGACUCAUCUUACAGCAAAUCCGUUAAACAGAUUCCUUAUAAUAUCUCUGUGCUUGAGAUCAGUUCUCCGAUUAUUGUACCGGGAAUCUUGGCGGCUCCGGCCCCAUCGGCUUCUGACGUUAACAUAACGGCUUUGCUUGAGAAAGCUGGAUGCAAGACCUUUGCUAGCUUACUUGUUUCUAGUGGUGUGGUUAAGACCUACGAGUCAGCUAUUGCCGAUGGCUUGACUGUUUUUGCACCGUCUGAUGAGGCGUUUAAGGCUGAAGGUGUUCCUGAUCUAAGUAAACUCAGUAAUGCUGACGUGGUUGCUCUCUUGGAGUAUCAUGCAGCCUCUGGCUACAAUCCAGUGGGGACCUUGAAGACUACCAAGAAGCCGAUCUCGACAUUGGCUACUAGAGGUCCAGGAAAGUUUGAUCUGACGGUUACAACGGCCGGUGAUGAGGUCACUCUCCACACUGGAGUCGCCUCGUCAAGAGUUGCCGACACCGUGCUUGACUCAACGCCGUUGGCCAUUUUCACCGUGGAUAAUGUGCUUUUGCCAACUGAGUUAUUUGGAAAGGCACCGUCUCCAGCUCCAGCAGGUGAGCCAGUGACAUCUCCGUCUCCGGCUCCAACCAUAGCGUCUCCUACACCUGCUCCAGCCUCCGUUGAGGCGCCGUCACCGUUGGCUGCAUCACCGCCAGCUCCUCCUACUGGGACGCCAGCGGAAGCUCCAGCUGAUGGUCCAUCCGAUGGUCCAGCCGGGUCGGAGAAUAGUACCGCCGACAAUGCUGCUGUUCACGUGAACGCACCUGCUUUAUUGGCGGCACUGGUUACUGUUAUUUGUUCGGCUCUUUUGUCCUGAAUCGUAAUUACUCAGAUCUGUUUAAUUUCAAUUUUUUUUUAAUUUUUUACUGUUGUUAUUAGGGAUUGGAGAGGUUUAUUUUUAAUUUAUUUGGGAUUUUUAAUUUAUGGAAUGAGACGGGGCGCAUUUUAGCAGCAGUGGAUGUGUGACAGUGUGAGGGAGGACAGUGGGUUGGUCGAUGUAUUUUGCAGCUUUUUGUUUUGGUUAGUGUUUUAUUUUUGAGAUAUUAUUAUCGGGUAAUACGCGUUCUAUUAUUUUAA